GUUCAUCGGGGAGGAGUCUGUGGCCGCAGGUGAGCGUCUGGAGCUGACCGACUGUCCCACCUGGAUCAUCGACCCCAUCGAUGGGACCGUCAACUUCGUACACAGGUUUCCGUUUGUGGCCAUCUCCAUCGCUUUUGCCGUCAACAAGCAGACGCAGUUUGGGAUCGUGUACAGCUGUGUGGAGGACAAACUGUUCCACGCUCAGAGAGGACGAGGAGCGUUCCUGAACGGAGAACCGCUGCACGCCUCCGGACAGCAAGAUGUCAGCAGGUGUGUGGUGGUGACAGAGAUAGGGGCGGAGCGUGAUGACCUCGCUCUGUCCACCAUGACCUCCAACAUCUUCAGACUGCUGAAACUACCGGUACACGGAAUCCGUGCAUUGGGGACGGCGGCGGUCGACAUGUGUCAGGUGGCGACAGGCGGCGCUGACGCCUAUUAUCACAUUGGCAUGCACUGCUGGGACAUCGCCGCCUCGGCCAUCAUCGUGCAGGAGGCUGGAGGCGUUGUCAUGGAUACGGACGGCUCUGAGUUCGACAUGAUGUCCAGGAGAGUUAUCGCCGCCAGCUCCAUCGCCGUGGCCAAUCGUAUUGCUCAAGUUGUGCAGGCGUUUCCUUGUCGCCGUGAUGACGAUGACCUCAGCAGACUCAGAUCAGAGAUGAGCCUCGCUCGCCUCAGCGUUCCCGCCGUCCGUCACGGCUCUCGCCUCAGCGUUCCCGCCGUCCGUCCCUGUUUCCCCUGAAACCUCUGAUGUCAC